AUGAAGUUUGCACGAUACCUCGAGGAAAACACUGUGCCAGAGUGGAAAAAGGUCUACAUCGAGUACCGCGGCCUCAAAAAGCUCAUCAAGCGCGUCGCAGAGCACAGGCAGGCCCGCCUCCAGUACGAGCAACACCUCGGCCUCCACGACAACGACAACGACCAGCACCACGGCUACUCGGCCAGCGGCACAUCGACCUCCCACAGAGAUGCAGAUGCCCUGCGAAGGCGCAACAACAACAGCAACAGCCCCGGCAGCGGGGCAGACUACUCGUCCAACGACGACGCUACCCUCGCACCUCCACAUCCGGGCACCAGCCUCGCAAACAGCGACGGCAGCAAGCAACGCAGCGACUAUGGCGGUGUCGCGCGGCGCUCCGAUGCCGCUGCCAACGUCGGCGACGACGCUGCUCCAUCCGGCGUCCGGCUGCCCCCCGUUUCCUUGGUCGGCACAAACCUCCGCCUAGCGGGCAGCGACCCCAACGUCGUCGAAGAGGGCCUUCUAGACGACCAGGACGAGGUGCCCGAUCUAGAGGCCCAGGUGCCCAAGGUGGGCAGCAUUGGCAAGGGCGCAGCAGACGUCAGUCGCAAGGCGUCGGGCCACAGCCUCACUCGCGACUCGCUCACCGUCGCCGAUGGUCGCACCGGCAGCGGAGCCGGCGGAAGGGGCCCGUCGCCAGAGCCUGACUCCGAGCGCCGCAGCGAGCAGCAACGGCAGCAGCAGCACCAAGGGCAGAGCCAAGAGUCGUCGCAGCAGCCGCAGCAGCCGCCGAGACAAGACUCCUCGCCAAAACGCCAGCAACCGCCGCAAGAGGCGCCCUCUACAGCACGGCCGCCGCCAUCUCCACGGAAGCCGCAAAAGAGCGGCUCGGCCACCAAGCUCAAGGCGAAAAAGGUCAAGCACGCCUACCCGACCACGCUCGACGACCUCAUCGCCAGCGCCUUUGACGCCGAGGAACGCAAGAUGUUCCAGGCGUGCGACGCCGAGCUGGAAAAGAUCACCGUCUUCUACGCCGCUCGCGAGCUCGACGCGGCACACAAGUACGCCCAGCUGGCGAGGCAGCUGCAGGAGCUGGCCGAACACCGCCGCGAGUACCGCGCGCGCCACCGGAUCGCCAAGACCGAGAACCCGAUCGCUGGCCGCGCCCGAAAGCGGCUCAGCCAGAUGUUUGGCGCGUUGCCGCCGUCGGUGCGGGAAUCGGUUCGGCCCAGCGGCGAGAUGAGCCGCGAUGGUGCGCAGGCGGACGGGCUGGCGGCGACGAGCAACGACGGCCGGAUCUCGCAGAGCGGCGACCGCGGCAAGAUGUCGAUCGACGGCCAGCUGUCUGCCUUCGAUGCCGCGACCACCACCGACUCGAAGCACGAGCUGAACGGCAAAGCUGCGGCGGCGCGGUCGUCCGGCUUCGACGACGGCGCCAGCGGCAUCGAGGACGACGAGGGCCAGCGGCGGCGCGAGCAGGCGCUUGCCAAGAUGCAAAAGAGCCUGCGCGGCUGGGACGACGAGACCGACCGCGCCAUCCGCCUCCAGAACCGCGCCGCGGCCAUGAGCCACAAUCCCGAGGCCUACUACGCCGCGCGCAAGAAGCUCAAGGCGGCGGUGCUCGAGUACUACAAGUUCCUUGAGACGCUCUCCAACUACAGGAUCCUCAACCGGACCGGCUUUGCCAAGGUGAUGAAGAAGUUCAGCAAGACGACGGGCGUGCCGUGCGCCGACGCCUACUACGAGGCGCGGGUUGCGCCGAGCGUGCUGGUGACUUCGAAGCGCCUCGACAACCUGAUGAAGAGCACCGAGGAGAUCUACACGGCCUACUUUGAGCACGGCAACCGCAAGGAGGCGCUCAACCGGCUGCGGACGCGCGACGAUACGACGACGCACCACUUUAGCGUGUUCCGGAGCGGCCUGUACCUGGGCAUCGCGCUGUGCGCCACCGUGGGCGGGCUGGUCGAGGCCAUGAAGCCCGAGGUGCAGCGGCGGAUCCCGCAGUGGCCGGCGCUGCUGCGCGUCUACGGCGCCGAGUUUAUCCCGACGCUGUUUGCGCUGCUGUUUGGGCUCAACCUGGCGUGGUGGCACGAGGUGCGCAUCAACACCGUCUUCAUCUUUGAGUGGGACGUGCGCCACACGAUGGACCACCGCCAGUUUUUUGAGAUCCCGGCGCUGCUGAUGCUGCUGCUGUCGCUCUGCUUCUGGGUGUCGUUCCUGGACCCGUUCCCGUCGGCCAUCGCCCCGACGACGUGGCCGACGGUGUGGCUCGUCAUCUUUGUCGUGGUGCUGCUCAACCCGCUGCCCAUCCUCUACCGCCAGAGCCGGAUCUGGUUUGUUCGGUCGCUGCUGCGCGUCUUUAGCGCCGGCUACAAGCGCGUCGAGUUCCGCGACUUUUUCCUGGGCGACGAGCUCAACAGCAUCGCGUGGACCAUCUCGAACCUGUGGUACUUUGGGUGCGAGUGGCGCCACGACUGGGCGGUGCCGGACCGGUGCGCGCCCAACUCGACGUUCUGGACGGCGGCGCUGCUGAGCGUGCCCGCGGUGCUGCGGCUGGGCCAGUGCGUGCGGCGCUGGGUCGACAGCGAGCGGCGUACGCACCUGCACCUCGUCAACGCGGCCAAGUACUCGAGCGCGGUGCUCAACAACUUUUUCUACAUCCGCUACCGGCGCAACGGCUCGCAGUGGGGCAGCGGCGACAUGGCGGCGUGGCUGCUCUUUGCGAGCAUCUACUCGGUCUUCCACGUCUCGUGGGACCUGCUCAUGGACUGGUCGCUGCUGCGGCGGCGGUCGCGCCACUUUUUGCUGCGCGACGAGAUCUCGUUCCCGCAGGGCGUCUACUACGCCUUUAUGGCGGUCGACGUCGUGGUGCGGUGCAACUGGUUCAUCUACCUGCUGCCGGGCCCGGCGUCGGUGACGCUGCGCAGCUUCCUGGCGGCGCUCGUCGAGAUGGUGCGGCGGGCGUGCUGGAACGUGCUGCGAGUGGAAAACGAGCAGAUUGGCAACACGGACUCGUUCAAGAUUGUCCGCGACCUGCCGCUGCCGUACCAGCAGAAGCGGCACCGCGACGGCGGCAGCGGCGGCGGGGACGGAGGAUCCGACGAGGGCGACGACGACGGCGGAUCCGAGACCGAGAAGCGGUACAAGGAGGGCAUCUUUGCCAGCAUCCGGCUGUCGAGCCUGGGGCGCAAAAAGUCGAGGAUCGCGCCGCCGACGAGGCCCGAGCUGGAUACGGCGCCGGUGCAGGGCGAGGUGGUGUCGCCGCUGCCGCCCUCGACGCCGCGCGGCGACGGCAACGGGUCGACGUCUCCUCGCAGCCGCGUUGCCGGCGACGACGACGACGACGCGGAGGGUGGUGAUGCAGCGGCAACGACGACGACGACGACGGGGCGACCUGCGGGCAAGCAGCGGACCAAGAGCGAGACGAUCCUGGAGCGGCUGCGGGACAGUCUGGUGCCGGACUCGAAGGUGUACGGCGAUCGGCUCGACGAACGUGCGGCGACCAAGGGCAGGACUGGGCGGGACUACACGCCGCGGGAGCUGGCGGACAGCGAUAGCGAGAGUGGCACCGACGAGGCGACGUGA